AUGGCGGAGCCACAGAUGCCCGAUUUGUCUCAUUUGAGCGCUGAAGAAAAAAAGAUUAUUGAAGAAGUGUUUCAGCGACAACGAGCAGAGGAGGAGAAGGAAAUCCAGCUAAGCCGAAAGGCUGAUCGCGAGCUGGAGGAAAUUGAGAAGCAAAUUAACGAACGGAAGCAGAAUGCGCAACGACUUCUUGGAACGCAAGACGAUGCUAUUUGUCAGAUUUGUCAGAAGACUAAGUUUGCUGAUGGUGUUGGUCAUAAGUGUUUCUACUGUCAGCUUCGGUCAUGUGCUCGUUGUGGUGGGAGGACAACCAGCAAAAAUAAACCAAUUUGGGCUUGUUCACUGUGUCAGAAAAGGCAGAAAAUUAUAGCCAAGACAGGUAAAUGGUUCAAACAGGGGGCAGCAGCAGAAGCAAAUAAAGAACCCUUCUCACACGGGGAUAUUAGUCCUUCAACAUCAGCAUCAACCUUACAACCGGCAGUGGUUGAACGAAAUGCUUCACCAGUUGAUCUGCGGAGCGCCACUCCUUCCGGUAAAGUACCAGUAAUCGCCUCUCCACCGAUGCAAAAUGAGUCAACUUCAUAUGAACCAGCAAGAAUUCAAGAGAAUCAAAGUACCCCAAAGGCAUCAGUGGAACAAAAUCCAUCGCCUUUACAGCGGCGUCUUUCGAAUUCUCAAAAUAGGAAACAAGGCAAUGAAGCGAAACAGGAUACCGGAAUGUCACGAAAGCAGUUGAAUGGUGGAGUUAGUAGCCGACGGAGUUCGAUGCCUAGAGGAGACUAUGUGAGCCCAAGUAAUCAGGUUCCAGACAGGUCAGUUCUUGAGCCAAAACCUUCGUUUACUCAAGAUCGAGCAAGAAGAGGAAGCCAAUCAUCAGCUUAUUCGGCGCACGAGAGCAAAAAACAUUUGGAAGAUUCGCGUCACAGACCUGGUUCAGCAUCAACCAGUAGUUAUGAUGAUAACCGAAUUUAUAUUGAGCCAGCAUAUCCAAAUGAAAAGGAAACAAACAGGUAUCGGCGAGAAAGUUACGCUGAACACUGCCGUGAAAAUCAGAGUACAACUAUGGCUCCUGCAGCAGCUUCCACUCGAUAUGAUUCAGAAGUAAAUAAGAGGACGCUGAGUCGGGCGUCGUCAUACCACUCACAAAGAGAUUCUACAGACUACCAGCAUUCAUUACCCGUCCGGAGCGAAGCAGAUAGGGGUCCAGAGGUGGCGCUGCUUGUCAUUGUCUUACCACCUGAAAAUAAUCAGCCUUCUUUUGGGUCGCUGAAUAAAACGAAGAAAAGCAGGCUGUUCAGGCAGUAUCGGUCUAUGUCGUCAUCGGAAGAAGAUUCGCCAUCAACCUCAGGUUGGAUGUACAAAGACGCUUCUGUAAGACGGCCUGAUACCGACUUAAGCAGCGAAAAAGGUGGGAUUGGAAGUAUUCCUCAACAUACCAGUGAUAUUUUAAGUGAAAAGUCUUGUUGA